CGCGUCGAGCCGACACGCCGCCAACGCCGACCAAAAUGGCAUCGUUCACCCUCACCGCGUCGUCCGCGAUCGCGACGCCGCGCGCGCGCUUCGCCGCGGGGGGCGACGCCUCGCGCGCCGAGCUCCGCGCGCGCGCGCGCGCCCCCGCGCGAUCGUCGUCUCCUCGCGAUCGCGCCUCCGCCGUCGUCGCGCUCGCCGCGGCGACGAAGACGCCCAAGCGCGUCGUCAUCGCCGGCGCGCCCGCGUCGGGGAAGGGCACGCAGUGCGAGCUCAUCGUCGAGAAGUUCGGCCUCGUGCACAUCUCCGCGGGCGACCUCCUCCGCGCGGCCGUCGCGGAGGGCACCCCGGCGGGGCUCGAGGCGAAGGCGUACAUGGAUCGCGGCGACCUCGUGCCGGACGAGGUCGUCGUGACCAUGGUGAAGGACGCGUUGGAUUGCGAAGAGGCUGAGGAGAACGGGUGGCUCCUGGACGGAUACCCGCGCAGCGCGUCGCAGGCGGACGCGAUCGAGAAGGAGGGGAUCACCCCGGACGUGUUCCUCCUCCUGAACGUCCCGGACGAGAUGCUCAUCGAGCGCGUGGUGGGGAGACGACUGGACCCGGAGACGGGGGCCAUCUACCACGUGAAGUUUUUCCCGCCGCCGGAGGACGUCGUCGACAGGCUGACGAUUCGAUCGGACGACACGGAGGAGAAGGCGAAGAACCGCCUCGCCGUGCAUCACUCGAACGUGGAGGCGGUCGUCGGGAGGUACGAGGGGAAGAUCAGAGAGAUCGACGGCGACCGCGCGAAGACGGAGGUUUUCGCGGAGAUCGCGUCCAUCCUCGACGAGAUGUGA